GUUGCUUGUUCUUUACGGCCUUUAUUCUCUUAGCAGCAGCAUCCAUGCGAUAACCACGUCCUGAGAUUGCCCACCGUCCACCGUUCGUCCCGACAGGCCACGUUCGAGGGUCCGCAAUAGUCGUCUCUGGGUCAUGCCAACAUGUCCAGAGCUGCAACGCCCUCAUUGCCGCUGUACCAAGCCUCAGCAGCAGCCUCAAAGUCUUCCCGCUCCGCAUCGCCGUUCCUGCAACCCCCAGAGCUGCAGAAGAAAAGCGGAACACCUUCGUCAAUAACAUCAACAUACUCCCUCUUGUCGACGCAAGAAACGGCGCAAAAGCUAUCCACAUCCCUAACACACGGCCUGUCCUCCUCCGAUGCCUCGGCGCGCAUACACACCCAUGGCCUCAAUGAGCUCCCACACGAGGAGCCUGAGCCACUGUGGCUGCGGUUCCUCAAACAAUUCAAGGAGACACUUAUUCUCUUGCUGCUGGGGUCCGCGGCCGUGUCCUUUUUAAUGGGCAAUCUGGAAGAUGCGAUCAGUAUCGGCGUUGCGGUGACAAUUGUAGUAACAGUGGGAUUCGUCCAGGAGUACCGCUCGGAAAAGUCAAUCGAGGCUCUGAACCAACUGGUACCACACUCCGCACACGUAAUCCGCGCCGGGGUAGAGCAGUCGCGAAAUGGGCGGCUGUCAAACGGCAUUGCGAACAACGGAAUAGAACUGGAGAACCUUAAGGACACGACGGCAUCACUGUCAGCAGCUGAGAGGAAAUCUAGUACCAUAUCCGCGACACUGCUGGUACCGGGUGAUCUGGUCUUAUUCCACACUGGUGAUCGUAUACCCGCCGAUAUUCGAAUCACACAUGCGGCCGACCUCAGCAUAGACGAGUCAAAUCUUACGGGAGAGAACGAGCCGGUUUCCAAGACUCCAGAUACAAUUAACCUGCCGGCAGGUAUACAGCGUUCACCCUCACCCUUCUACGCUUCUGAAGCUGCCGGGACUGUUGGUGCGGACAUUCGACUGAACGAUCAAAAAAACAUCGCGUUUAUGGGAACCCUAGUUCGAUCUGGAUAUGGACAAGGAAUCGCUAUUGGUACAGGGGGCAACACCGAGUUUGGAGCUAUUUCAGCAUCUUUGCAAGAAAUCGAAAGUCCCCGGACGCCUCUGCAGCUUUCUAUGGACAGGCUCGGAAAGGACCUAAGCUACAUGUCUUUCGGCGUCAUUGCCUUCAUUGGACUGGUGGGGCUUUGGCGGGGCUGGCCUUUUUUGGAAGUCUUCCAGAUUGGUGUUUCACUUGCAGUUGCUGCUAUUCCGGAAGGACUGCCCAUCAUCGUUACCGUCACACUUGCAUUAGGUGUGCUGAGAAUGUCCAAGCGGGAUGCCAUCGUUCGACGACUGCCCAGUGUUGAGACAUUGGCGUCUGUAAACGUUGUCUGUACGGACAAAACAGGCACGCUGACAACGAACCACAUGACUGUCACCAAGAUCUGGCACUUUGAUGAGACAGCUCCGAUUGACGUCAAGAAGAAGCAUGACUCCGCCGAUCUCGAUGCUCCUACUCGCAAAAUCUUGCGAAUCGGCAACAUUGUCAACAAUGCCCGUCACUUGAGCGACCAAGCCGCAUCAGCAUCGACCGCCGCUGUUCUGUCAUCAACCUCGCGGGAUGAUAACUCGCUGACAAAGAGUCGGUGGGUAGGUCAACCUACAGAUGUUGCUCUUCUCGACCUUCUGGAUGCUUUCGGAGAAGACGACGUAAGAGAAAGGAUCGGUGAUCGCAAAUACGAAACUCCAUUUAGCUCGGAAAGAAAGUGGAUGGGUGUCGUGAUCAAUGGCGGCUCAGGGGCGGAACUGACCACUGGGGCAGAUGUUGCUUACAUCAAAGGCGCAUUAGAAAGAGUUCUCGAUCGUUGCGAUACCUAUGUUACAGCGCAAGGAAGAGAAAUUGUUCUGGACCAAGCGCAUAGGCAAAAGGCUUUGAAAGCUGCUGAAUCUAUGGCACAAGAGGGCUUGAGGGUCCUGGGGUUUGCUAGUGGAACGUCCAGAGGGAGAGGAAAGAGCUCAAGUGGCACAUCAUCACCCGCUCCGUCAGCCACCUCUGCACUCGGCGACGAUGAACAAUAUCGUGGCCUAGUGUUUGCUGGUCUCGUUGGAAUGAACGACCCGCCGCGAAAGGGUGUAGAAAGAGCUAUUCGACGUCUGAUGGCCGGAAAAGUCAAGGUCAUCAUGAUCACAGGCGAUGCAGAAACGACAGCAGUUGCUAUCGGCAAAAGCCUGGGAAUGCCGAUAACCGCAAACUCGGCACUUGGACGCUCUGUAAUCUGCGGUGACGAGCUGGAUCAGAUGAGCGAAGAAGAGCUUUCGCAAGCUAUUGCAACGACAUCCAUCUUUGCACGCACAAGCCCAGAACAUAAAAUGAAGAUUGUUCGUGCCCUUCAGGCUCGAGGUGAUGUCGUGGCUAUGACUGGAGACGGUGUGAACGAUGCGCCAGCGCUGAAGAAAGCCGAUAUUGGAAUAUCUAUGGGCCGAUUGGGCACGGAUGUUGCGAAAGAGGCGGCAGACAUGAUCCUUACAGACGACAACUUUGCAACCAUCCUAAACGCCAUCGAAGAAGGGAAGGGUAUCUUCUACAACAUCCAGAACUUCCUCACCUUCCAGCUCAGCACCAGUGCCGCUGCCCUAAGCCUGGUGUUAUUGAGUACCUUCUUGGGCUUCCAGAAUCCGCUCAACGCCAUGCAGAUUUUGUGGAUAAAUAUCCUUAUGGACGGUCCACCCGCUCAAUCGCUCGGCGUCGAACCCGUCGAUCCUGCCGUCAUGGCCCUGCCUCCUCGCCCCCGCCAUGCCCGCGUCCUUACGCGCCCUCUUAUCCAACGUGUCCUGCAAUCGGCAACCAUCAUCAUGCUCGGCACACUUACAACAUACUACCUUGAGAUGAGCGACGACAACAAAGUCACCGCCCGCGAUACCACCAUGACAUUCACCUGCUUUGUGCUCUUCGACAUGUUCAACGCGCUCACGUGCCGCUCUUCUACCAAAUCGGUGCUCAAUGGCGAGAUCGGUAUAUUCGACAACAAAAUGUUCAAUUACGCUGUUGCGGGCAGUCUGGUGGGGCAGAUGAUGGUCGUAUACUUUCCACCGCUGCAACACGUGUUUCAGACUGAGGCGUUGGGGUUGCUCGACCUGUGCCAUUUGGCCGCCGUAGCGAGUUGUGUGUUCUGGGCGGACGAGGGGCGCAAGUGGUAUGUGAGGUGGAAAGGAAGGAAGGGCUUUGGUGGUGGGUAUAGUACUGCUGUAUGAUUCAUUCUUGUACAUGAUAACGGGGUUGGACGAGCGCUCGAGAAGGCAAUAAAUUAUCUCACUUGCUUG